UUUCCCUCGACGGUCGCAACAGGAAGACCUUUUUACCGUGUGAUUUGUGUUGUGGACGAAAACUUUUUCCCGUCCUUCAGCAGGAAAAUGUACUACAAAUUCAGCGGUGUUACCCAGAAACUGACGGGGUCUGCUCCCGCGGCCGCCUACAACCCUCAGGGGCUUAGGCCAAGUGUGCCGGCAGAGUCCCCCACCAUGGUGUUUGCCACACCCACCAAGCUGGUGUCAGAGGCGGGGUCCACGGUGGAGUACUUGGGAACAAACAGGGUUCCGGACCUCCAGAGGCUAUUCCAGACGUCAGACGGUAUCCCCAUUCAUCUAAAGCGCGGUGUCCCCGACAGGCUCCUGUACCGCACCACCAUGGCUCUCACUGUAGGGGGCGCUCUCUACUGUCUGGUGGCUCUUUACUUUGCAGCCCAGCCCAACAAAAAGUGACCAACGCAAAACCCACGAACUUUCUGGAAUUGACCCAACAUUCCCAGCCUCCAUCUGCCCUCGCCAUGCCACCUCUCGGGACUCAAAUGGCUGUUAGGGAAAUUAGUUAGGGAACACUCAAUGACAACAAUAACGUCUGUCUUCUCUGUAAAUCAAAUGUCUAAGUUAAUAAAUUCUAUGGGGAAACAAAGGUAA